GAAAGAGCGAGUUGUAUAACACGGAGCUCGGUUGCACUGGGAGCAGUUUAGCGUGUGAGUGGGGGCAGCAGGGAGGGGAGGCCGCAGGGAGCAGCACCCAGUGGAACAGGCGGGGCACCCACAAUACACUGACAGCUGCCCGGGAGAUCGCCACACACGGUGCAAGUGCAGCACAGGCAGCGCCAAGAUGUUCGGGAUGAUAAAGAACUCGCUGUUCGGAGGGGUAGAGAACAAUGAAGGGAAACUUGUGAGCAAAGGAGAGAAAGAUGGAGUGGCUUUUGAAGAGAGAGAAUAUGAAGGAGGGAAAUUUGUCUCAACAGAAGUGUCUGGGAAACCAUUUGAUGAAGCCUCAAAAGAAGCUGUUCUGCGGCUCCUAAAAUAUGUAGGGGGCUCUAACCAAAAGUAUGCCGGAAUGGGCAUGACAUCGCCAGUCGUCAUCACUAGUUAUCCAGCAGAGAAUGAGACCUUGCAACCCAAUGUAAAGGUCCUGCUCCGAAUUCCCAGCCAGUAUCAGGCAGACCCCCCAGUCCCUACAGAUGACACCAUACAUAUUGAAGACCGUGAGAGUGUAACAUUUUAUUCCACGCAGUUUGGAGGAUACGCCAAAGAAGCAGACUAUGUAUCCCAUGCAGCCAAACUACGUUCUUGUCUUGGUCCAGACAUUUCUUAUCAUACUGACCACUACAUGUGCUGUGGCUAUGACCCCCCAAUGAAACCUUAUGGAAGACGUAACGAAGUCUGGUUUAUUAAGAACAAUUGACAACAAUUUGGAACACCUGAAAUGAGAAGUUUGAUUCAUGAACCAGGCCAGCUGUAGGCUCCACAAUCCCACUUGUGAUACAUACCCAGUCUGAUAGACCCCUUUGGGAUUUUCCAGAAUGUGCAGUGCUUGACAGAUGUAAUGGUAAAUGGGUUGCAGGGUUUUUAUAAAGCUUUGACAUUAGUUGCAAACGAUAUAUAUUAUAAUAAAAUAAUUUUAAUGUU